AUGGUGGGCUGGAGGGUGGCGCUUCUAUGUUUGUGGGUCUUCUGCGGCUCGGCAGCGGGACAGCUCGACUACUCAGUGUCAGAGGAGACCGAGCGGGGCGUAGUCGUAGGCAAUGUUGCUCAGGACCUGAAGCUGAAAGCGGCCGCUCUGUCCUUGCGGAACUUUCGCUUCCUUUCUAGCCACAGCGAGCCCUACUUCGGGGUUGAUCUGGCCAGCGGUAGCUUGGUGGUCCGAGAGCCCGCGGACCGCGAACGGCUGUGCGGGGCCAAAGCUGCCUGCGUCCUGACCUACGAGCUGGUGCUCCAGGACCCGCUGGAGCUGCACAAGAUGCGCGUUCACAUCCUAGACACCAAUGACAACUCUCCUCACUUCCCUGCUGGGGAUGUGCAGCUGCACAUUCCAGAGUUCCUGAUGCCCGGAGCCCGCUUUACUCUCCCUAAUGCCCAAGAUGCCGACGAGGGAAGCAACGCGAUGCUAAGCUACAGCCUGAGCCCCAGCCAGCACUUUCGCCUGGACAUGGGCUCGAGGGUCGAUGGCAGCGAAUACCCGGAACUGGUUUUGGAGAGGGCCUUGGAUCGGGAACGGCGUGCCACCCACCUGCUGGUGCUCACCGCUAAGGACGGCGGGCUGCCCGCGCGCUCUGGAGACACACAAGUUGCCAUCACCGUGGUGGACAGUAACGACAAUGCGCCUGUAUUCGAGCGCACAGUAUACCGCACCAGAGUGCCAGAGACGGCACCCAAUGGGACUGUGUUAUUCCGAGUUCAAGCCUCGGACCCAGAUGAAGGCUCCAAUGGGAAAAUCCGGUACUCCUUAAGCAAUAGCACGCAAGCCAAGCUGCGACGCCACUUUCACGUGCAUCCCAGAAGUGGGGAGGUGCGGGUAGCUGCCUCCCUGGGUCCGCCUGAAACGGUAUUGGAGGCAUACGUCGAGGCGAGGGAUGAAGGCGCCUUCAGUCUAGCCAGCACCGCCAAACUGCUGGUGGAAGUGGCCGAUGUGAACGAUCACGCCCCCGAGGUGGACCUCCUCACCCUCUCCAGUCCCGUGUCUGAGGACGCUGCCGCUGGCACAGUGAUUGCUCUCCUUAGCGUAAGGGAUGCGGACCUGGGUCCCAAUGGCAGAGUCGUUUGUAGCAUGUCCAGUGGAGGCCCUUUUAAGCUGAAGGCUUCCUUUGACAACUACUACAGCUUGUUGACUGAUGGGCCACUGGACCGGGAGCAGGUCAGUGAAUACCAGGUCCUGAUCACCGCCUCAGACGCUGGCUCGCCCCCUCUUAGCACCCUCAGGACCCUGACUGUGUCGGUGGCUGAUGUGAAUGACAAUACACCAAGCUUCUCGCAAUCGAAACAGGAACUUUUUGUGGCUGAAAACAAUGGCCCAGGGGCCUCUCUAGGACGUGUGUUUGCCCAGGACCCAGACCUGGGGGAGAAUGGCCUUGUCGUCUAUGAGCUGUUGGAUGUUAUCGCUGAAGGGCAGGCAACCUCUGGCUUGGUGGCAGUAGAUGCAUCCAGCGGAGCUCUCACUGCCAGAAUUUCCUUUGACUACGAGCAGCUCAGGGGGUUCCACUUCCAAGUGGAAGCCCGGGAUGGUGGCAUUCCUCCCAGAAGUGCAACAGUGACCGUGAACUUGUCUGUGGUGGAUAGGAAUGACAAUGCUCCAGUCAUCUUAUUCCCCUUGGCUAGAGAUGGCUCUGUCCCCGUGGAAAUUGUGCCCCGCUCUGCCAGAACGGGACACUUGGUCACGAAAGUGGUAGCAGAGGAUGCAGACAGUGGCUCCAAUGCUUGGCUGUCUUACCACAUCUCACAGGCUUCUGACUCCAGCCUGUUUAGAAUCUCAGCCCCUAUGGGAGCGCUUCGGACGGCUCGCUUAGUGCUUCCCACUGAUGCAGUUAAACAGAGGGUGGUGAUAGUGGUUCGGGACCAUGGAGACCCAUCGCUCUCUACUUCUGUCACACUGGGCGUGCUGUUGAGCAACUCUGCCCCUCAGGUCCUUCCAGACUUUGAAGAUGGCUGGGAAACGGGAGGGCACCUUUCUGCCCUGAACCUGUGUUUAGUUGUUGCCCUCGCCUGUAUCUCCUUUUUAUUUCUGGCGUGCUUGUUUUUCUUUGUGUGCAGCAAGCGGAGCCAGAGCCUUGGUCGGCGCUCUCAGAGCUGCGGUCGCUCUCCACAGGAGUUGAGGUGUGGAAGCAAGAGGGCUUCGAAUCCCUGCGUGAUGUCAGCCACAAUAGAUGUCACAACAAUCGAGAGACGUUCUCAGACCUACCUCUAUCGGGCGUCUCUGGGUCUUGGUUCUGAUGACAGCAGUUUGCUCUUGCGUGGGGAGUUCAGUGCUGCUGACCUGAGAAAUCUGGCCUCUGGGGUAGGACUGAAUGUGCCAAUAUCCUGUAUUCAGAUUCGGAAUAGGAAAGGGGAUCAUGCCAGUGUCAAUGCCAUGGUAAGCACCUUUUAUUGGAAUUGA